AUGGAAGAUUCCCGCUUUUCUCGUCUCUUGAAAGAUCCCAGGUUCGUCCGACCUAAAAAAAAGCAGUCUAAAGUAUCAAUAGAUAAUAGAUUUAAAGAAAUGUUUACUGACGAGCAAUUCACGGGCAAAUCUGCCUGCAAAGUAGAUAAAUUUGGUCGCCUGAUUAGCGAAAAAGAGGCAGCACAAAAUUCCACCAAUGCUGUCAAGUCGUUAAAAAGGUUCUACAAUUUGGAGGAGGAAGAUUUUGAUCCCAAAAAUAUCUCUUCUAAAGAAAACGACGAUGGCGAAAGCGUAGCCAAUGGUGGUGUGCCCAUGUGCCAGGAAAGCAUCCAUUCCUCCAAUUCAUCAUCCGAAGAUGAGCAGGAACACUCUUACUCUUGCAAUCCAGCAGCAAUUGAUCACGAAACCAUUACAAUUGGAGAUGCAACUGCUCGCCUGGCAUUUGUGAAUUUAGAUUGGGAUAACAUCCAAGCACAGGAUAUCUACCAACUAGCAUAUAGCUUUAAGCCGCCUCUUGGGCAAAUUUUGUCUGCCAAGAUUUACUAUUCCUCGUUUGGAAAAGAAAGGAUCGCUCAAGAAUCGCUGUAUGGCCCUCCUUCAAAUAUUUUCAAGCCAUUGGAUCCCAACAAGGACAAGGAGGACUAUUCUCAAAAUUAUUCCGAAUCUGAUGAAGAAGUCCCUGUGGUAGCGGAAGAAGAAGAAGAAGAAGUUUUUUAUUCCGGAUCGGAUGCUGAGGGCAUUUUACAUGAUGUGACAUCGGAUUUUGAAGAACAAGAAGAAGAAGAAGAAACUUUCAAAGAUAUUGACACGUCCCUGCCCAAUGGUGCCGAUGCAGGCGAUGGCGACUUAACCGGCGAGUCUGAUUGUGGCCAAAAUGAACUUUUACCUUGUGUUGCCUCACGGGAAGCCCGUGAGACGAAUACAUUAAGCAAUCAAGCGGACGAUACGGCCAAUGUUGUUUCUUACGAUUCAAGCGAUUUAUUUGUAACGGAAAAAACAUUUGAAGAUUUUGAUGAAGAAGCCUUGAGAAAGUAUCAGCUGGAACGUCUCCGAUAUUGCUUUGCUAUCGUUGAGACAGAUAGUGUCGAAACGGCCGAAGCCAUCUACUCCGGCUGCGACGGACAGGAAUUCGAAAAAACAUGCAACAUUCUCGAUAUUAGAUAUGUUCCUGAUGGACAGGAGUUUUGCGAAAAAGACAUCAUCAUCAAGGGCGGAGUUAGUACGAGUCCCAUUGAUAAGUAUUCGCCCAUCGACUUUACGACCCUUUCGCUGAUGCACUCAAAGGUAUCUCUUACCUGGGACGCCAAUGACUUGCGCCGAUCUAAACUUACAAAGGCCAGAUUUUCCCAAGAUGCCCUAGACGAUAUGGACUUUAAAGCAUAUCUUGCAUCCUCUGAUGAUGAAGGGUCAGAAGAAGAAGAAGAAGAGCAAGGAACAGAAAAUCAUUGUGGCCACAAAAAAGAAAAAUCCAUCAAAGAAAUUCUUUCUGUUUACAAAAAACUUGCUAAUAGCCAGAGUCAGACAAACCCUUACAAUGUAAAGUCUGCAAAAAAUUUGUUUGAAGACGAAAAAGGGGAAAUGUUUGAUGUCGGAAAAGAGGCGAGCGACAUCGAUAUGGAAAUGACCUUCUUACAAGAAGAUGACCAAGAUGAUCUUGAAAAAGAAAAGGUGGUGGAGACCGUUUUUCAAAGUCAGCUUCGAAAAGAAAAGGAGAAAAGAGAUCAGAAGCGUGCAAAAAGAAAGGGGUUGCAUGCUGAUCAUGUGGCUGCAAGCAAAGAGGACAAAUCUCUUUCGCUGCUGGUGGAUGAGCACAAUGACUCUGACGGCGAAAAUGCUCACUUCAAUAUGGACAAAAUCAUGAAAAGAGAAAGGGAUUUGCUCAAGAAAAAACAUCACAAAAACGAAUCGAUUCCAAAAGACUCGUUUCAAAUCCAGCUGGAUGACCCACGGUUUGCAGAUAUAUAUUCGGCCUAUGAAUACUCCAUCGAUCCAUCACAUCCUGGCUUCAAAAAUACCUCUUCAAUGAGAAAGCUACUUGCUUCAAAGAGGGCCAAACAGCCCAAAAUAGAUCCGAGGUGA